UGUACGUUACGUUGUACACAGACAAGAUGGCAGCUCCAUUGGAAGACGAAUUUGAAGAUGCGCCUGACGUGGAGCCCUUAGAGCCGACACUGAAGAACAUCAUCGAGCAGAAAUCUCUCAAAUGGAUAUUUGUGGGUGGGAAGGGUGGUGUUGGUAAAACGACAUGUAGCUGUAGCUUGGCUGUCCAGCUCGCUGCUGUCAGGGAGAGCGUCCUCAUCAUCUCCACCGAUCCCGCUCAUAACAUCUCUGAUGCUUUUGACCAGAAGUUCUCAAAGGUGCCUACCAAGGUCAAGGGUUAUGACAACCUCUUUGCAAUGGAGAUUGACCCGAGCCUGGGUGUGGCAGAGCUGCCUGAUGAGUUCUUUGAGGAGGACAACAUGCUCAGCAUGGGUAAGAAGAUGAUGCAGGAGGCCAUGAGCGCCUUCCCUGGCAUCGACGAGGCCAUGAGCUACGCAGAGGUCAUGAGGUUAGUGAAAGGAAUGAACUUCUCCGUGGUGGUCUUUGACACUGCCCCUACCGGUCACACACUGCGGCUGCUCAACUUUCCCACCAUUGUGGAGCGUGGUCUGGGCCGCCUCAUGCAGAUAAAGAACCAGAUCAGCCCUUUCAUCUCUCAGAUGUGUAACAUGCUCGGUCUGGGAGACAUGAACGCAGACCAGCUGGCCUCUAAGCUCGAGGAGACCCUGCCAGUGAUCCGCUCAGUCAGUGAGCAGUUCAAAGAUCCUGAACAAACCACUUUCAUCUGUGUGUGUAUCGCUGAGUUCCUCUCCCUGUACGAGACGGAGCGGCUGAUCCAGGAGCUGGCCAAGUGCCGCAUCGACACACACAACAUCAUCGUCAACCAGCUUGUUUUCCCUGACUCAGAGAGACCAUGUAAAAUGUGUGAAGCCCGCCAUAAAAUUCAGUCCAAGUAUUUAGACCAGAUGGAAGACCUUUAUGAAGAUUUCCACAUAGUCAAGUUACCACUGCUACCCCAUGAAGUUCGAGGUGCCGACAAGGUCAACACGUUCUCUAAGCAACUUCUGGAACCCUACAAACCCCCAAAUAAAUGAUCUCCCUCCCUGCAGGACCUCCCUUCUCCCUCCUAUAGACCACACCUAUACAGUCUGAACUCACCUCCUCUGAGCUCCCCCCAGCCAGCCUCAAACCCCACAGUAACGGCCUCAAGUUGAUCCACCUAUUGCUCAUCCCAUCAUCCAAAGCAGAGCACUGCUACAAGACCACGCCCUUAUUGAUGGAGAGCUGAUGAAGUCACAAACACACACACACACACACAUACAUACAUAACCUGCUGUAUUGUUAGAGAGAUCAGACAGUACAGAUUUGUGCUGCCGUACUCUCAGUUCACCUUCUCUUUCCUUCAUUUCCUGUGUGGCAGUUGUACUAUUCGUACUCGAAGCAUUUAACUUUUUCUCUUCCCCUUCUUCCACCUUGUGCAGUGUCCAGCCUCAGUUGUGAAAACAAAGUGUUUUCAGUGACGGUGCUGUGUAUUCCAGGAUAAAAUGUCUUUCAGAUGGUUAAUGUUUACGCCUUCUGUAUUCUGUGUGGUUUGGUGGCGCUGUCUAAUCUCCAGUUUGACUUUUGACUAAAAUUUCACGCAAAUUCAUCUGUCACAUCGUGAAUUUACAUCUAAAUCGCUACAGAUUCCGAGUGUGACGGCAGGGCUGUGAAAAAGAAUGGUUAACUAAAAAAAACAAACAAACAAGAAACCCAAUAUGGUCUGUGGUCAUUUUUAUUCUCGACCAGGACCUUCCUUGUUAUUGCAAUAAAGAACCAGAGCAGUCUGUAGUGUCUUAUACCAUUCGUCCAGUCAUUAGACCUCACCUCGCUGUGUGAUGUGGUGGAAAUGCAGUUACCUAAUGUUAAUGAGAUUUUGAAUCGAGUCAUAUUGGUAGCUUUAUAUCCAUAUGUGGCUGUUAUUGUUUGAACUGGACAGUCUAGCUGGCCUCUGGUAAAUAUUUUAGGCCAGUGUGGUUCGUCCAGGUGGUAUGUGGUUGGAGACAGCACCAGUUUUAUGAGAUUCAAAGGCAACAUGUGUGAUGUUUGAGCAGUUGGACACUAAAAGAGUUUAUUAUUGAUGCAGCUGAACUCCCAAUACCAGGUUCCCAUACAGUGCUCAUAAAACUCAUCAAAUACUCUUCUCUGUCAAACAUUUUAUGUCCACCUUGUUUACUGAGAACUAUAUGGGAACAUUAGUAGCCUUAUUUAGUGCAUUGUUAAUUAAAAUAUACUGAAUGUUGCUUGAUAAGAUGUUGAACAAAUGAAUGGAGUUAUUAAAGUUGAAUCAAAGCAUCUUUGCCCUUGUGAUUGAAUACUGGACUCUGAUUGGCUUGCCUGAUGCUUCAUUGGUUUCCAACAGAAAGAUAUAGAUGACAGGUCAACACUUAAGAAAAAGCGUUAUUACCCCUUAUCUGUCUCUGAAUGCUUUUGAGUCAAUAAGAAUCUGUUUUCUAUAGAUUUUCUUUAAAUUAUGUUGCGAGUGUUAAUUAAAACAAACUUGCUUCAGA